AUGUUGCUGUUUCCGGAAGUGCAAUGCAAAGCCCAAGCGGAAAUUGACAGGGUGAUAGGUCCCGGCAGACUGCCAGACUUCAGCGACCGUGAGGCCUUGCCGUUCGUGGAAUGCAUUCUGCAGGAAACUGUUAGAUGGCAUCCUGUCGCCCCUCAGGGCAUCGCUCACCGGACUGUCGACGACGAUAUUUACAACGGGAUGUUUAUUCCGAAAGGUUCGGUGAUAAUUCCAAAUAUAAUGGCGAUGAGUCGUGACGAGACGACAUACAAAGAUCCAGGGGCCUUCUAUCCCGAGCGUUUCCUCUGCGAGCCCGAAGGCCCCGGCGAGCCGUAUCUGGGUGCCGUUUUUGGGUUUGGUCGGCGAAUCUGCCCCGGGAGGUACUUCGCUGAGAACGGCAUAUGGAUCGUUGUUGCCACUGUCCUCGCGAGCUUUGAUAUUUGCAAGGCUGUCAGCAAGAAUGGGAAGGCCGUGGAGCCAGAUGUAGAAUUCACAAUGGACGGGCUGGCAAGUCAUCCGAAAUCUUUUGAAUGUGUCUUUCGACCACGUUCGGAGAUGGCGAAGAAGCUCAUUAUGCAGGAUUCUACCUCAGAUGAACUUUGA